AUGGAUAUUCAACAAAAUACUUUAGAUAUACCUUUAUUACCAAUUACAAACCAUGGUAAAUUUGUAGCUAAACAAGUAAUUUAAAUGGAGGGAGACUAAGAAUAAAAAGAGCAUGAUUAUUAAUAAUUCUAUUCAAAUCAAAAAUUGAAAAAUGUAAUUGGAGAUUUUCUUAGUAAGGUUGAUUUUGAUCAAAUUCCUCCUUGUUUCAAAUUAGCGGAAGAUCAUAGAAAAGCAACUAGAGUUGGUCCUUUAUCAAUUUAGAAAGCAAAUCAAAUUUCUAAUUUGUAAAAGAACUGCGAAAGGUGUGAUUGUUGUGGUAGAAACAUAGAUAGGAAAUCUCUAAAUCUUGAUUGCUAAGUGACAGAUUUAAGCUUUUUAGGGUCAGGGUUUCCAAUGUUCUUUUAAUUCAUCAAGCUUGCAACUUUUUAUUUAAUAUUUAUUUUUCUGGUUGGAGGGCUUUAUAAUAUUUUUAACAACUAAGAGGGAAAUUAGUGCUAAUAAGAUAACACUCAGGAAGGCUGUUUUAAGAAUUGGGUCAAUGUUUAUACACUAGGAAAUAGAUCUAAAGAUUCGGAAACUAUAAUGAUGCAGCAAUGGCUCAAUUUACUCACUUUGUUUGGUUUAAUUGGAUUAGUUUAGUUUAUAAUUUAUAGCUAGAGAUAGUAAGAAUUAUUAAAUGAUCAAAUAUACGUUUCACCUGGAGACUACACAGUCAUGAUAAACAAUAUUCCUGUUCAUUCGGACAAUAUAACAAUAUCUUAAAAUAUAGAUGUAGACAGCGAUUUAAAGAGUUUUUUAGAGAAUCCUUAGCUUAUUGGAACAGAACUUAAGGUUGCAAAGAUAAAUUUGUGCUAUAAUUUAAGUGAGCUUUACCAGCUAAAAGAUGAAAAAUAAAAAAUUGUUAAAGAGAAACAAAACAUUUUAAAGCAAUAGAUAAAGUAGUAGAACUUUUACAAUUUGUCAACUGUAACUUUUUAGGAUGAAAAAAUCAAAUAAAUUAAUUAAAAAAUUGAGCAGUUUGAGUAAAAAAUGGCAGAAGGUAAAGGCUUUGAAUUUAUGAGCAAAUAAUUUGUUGGAAUAGCUCUAGUUUCCUUCCAGACUGAGAGUUAAAAGGAAGAGUUAUUACAGUUAGCACAAUAAAAAUAGUUUUUAUAUAAAAAUAAAUAUUUAGAAAUCUCUCAAGCACCUGAGCCAACAGAAAUAUUCUGGGAGAAUUUAAAUGUUUCAAAGCUCAAUAGAAUAAUUAGAAUUGCAGUAGCAAUACUUUUAGGGCUCGCUUUCCUAGCAUUAGGAUCAAUAUUUAUUUACUAUUUAUGCUAAAAGUAGCUCAACUAUGUUAAUAAUUUACAUGACGUAACAAGUUUCUAUGAAAAAGCAGUAAUCUAAAUUAUUUCCCUCUUAAUUUCUUGCCUCAUCUCAAUAAUAAACCAAAUAUUAGUUUUAGUUGUUGGAAUUAUGGUUGAUUUCAAAAGACUGCAUACAAGAACAUAUUAUAAUUUAGCAUUUGCUUAUUUCUUGUGUAUCGCUCAGUUUGGUAACAGUAUACUAGUGCCACUAUUAGUAAAAGUGAUGAUUAAUGAAACUUCAUACUAUUCAAUGCUUUAUAACAGAUCAGGAGUUUUAAUGAAUUAGAAUAGUAUUUUUCUUCUGAAUACAUUUUUACCAUUAGGAAUGUUUUUUGUGAGCUAUCCAAAUUUGAUCAAGAACUUUAUUAGAAACAGAGUUUUAAAGAAUUAAGAUAAAUGUGUUCUGACUUAAAAAGAGCUACUAAAUAUAUUUGAAGAACCACCUUUUUUGAUUGAGUUUUAAUACUCACAAACUAUGAGAACUCUCUUUAUGACACUUGCUUACUGCACCGUAAUGCCAUUCUGCUUGCUUUACUCCAUUUUAGCGUUAAUCAUAUAGUAUUUUACUGCUAAGUAUGAUCUUAUUAAGAGAACUUUUGUACCUUUUAAUAUGGGAUCAUCUUUAAGCUAUAACAUGAUAAAGAUGUUAAAAAUGUCUAUAAUAAUAUAUUCAUUUUCAUCAUUUUUCUUUACUUUAAUGACUGUUGAUAGUGAUUAGUUUAAUUUUCCUGCUAUAAUAGGGAUAAUAAUUAGCAUAAUACACUUCUUCAUCCCUAUCAAAAAGCUGAAUAUAAAAUACUUCAAAAUCUAAAAAGCUGUUUGUAAUAUAGAGAAUUAUGAUAAAGUUAAGUUAAAUUUCAUUACUGAUUACGAUAGAGAGAAUCCAGCAACAAAAAGACAAGCUACAAUCGACUUUUUAAAAGUAACUGAAAAAAAAUAGUUAUUAGAAUAAUUAAUGGAUGACAUUAUAACUCCUUCAUAGAACAAGCUUUGA